AUGUCUUACCAAGAGUUUUCAGAGUACAUAGACAGCGAAAUUGAUCUUUUAGCCACCCAAUCCUUUACGGAUGUGGCCCCGGAGCUUGACAUGCCUCAGGAUCAAGCGCAGCGACUCACGGCUUUGGUCCAGGAGAAGUUCGACGCUCGAUGCAGAGAGCAUUUCAGUAGAAGCAACAGAGACGCAUUGUUGCGGCGAAUAACCGAUUCUCAGGCCAGCUCGAAGUUACGGCAGUUACAGACAGUGAUGGACACUGUGGGCGAUUUCCAGCGACAAGAAAUUGGGCCCGAUAUCCGGGAGAUCGCAGACGGCCAGGACGGCACUAGGGCCAUGUUUUCGCUAGACCGAUUGGUACACGCGCUCCGAGAUCUGCCCAAAGUCACUUUGGUGGACGCAACAGAUGUUCCAGGGUCUUCGCUGGUGCGAGAGUACGACUCGCUGCACAGCACGCUGUGCGAGAAAAUACAGGCUCUUGCGCUUGCACGGCGCUACCAUGGCGAGAUGGAAGCACAGCGCACGCAGUUGGAAGCCCUCGUGGAAGCCAUCCGAGCAACUCGAAGCGAGAGCGUCCAAGAAUACUGUCGAGACUAUGAUGCUUGCGUCGCGGAUCAACUGCGACAUACGUGCGAACUCGUCGAGACACUGGUAAAGCGUGACGGUUCAAUUCCGCCAGACCUUCUCGCAGAGCUGAAAACACUAGUCGCGUCUCUCCCCGCUGCGCAAGAGUAG